GUGAAGACUGGCCAGGAUAUGAUGGUAGUGCAGACACGAAGGAGUCAGCAGCCGGGUUGAUAGAGGCUACAGCAAAGGACUCCCUCUAUGGUGUCCUGCAGAUUUUCAUUCGUAUCACAUGUUGUCAACAUUUGAUCAAAAAGACGAUUGCAGAAUUUGACAAAAGUCGUCUCUGUCAAAUAAACAG